AAAUUAUAAUAAUGUAAACAAAACUUUUGAAAUAAAUUAUUUAUAUAUUUUAGCCGAAAAAUUUAAGAGUACCUACUUUCAUAUAAAUUUCCUGUUUCAUCGUCGUUUUACGAAUCAGCGAUAUCAGCAUGCCUAUUGCACAACAACAGCAAACAGAACCGCAAGAGGAAUCUCCCGUCGAGGAAAAGAAGUAUGAACCACCCUUCGGCACUCUUGACUGGCUUUACUAUUGGGCCCAGUUUGAAGGCCAGAUGCCAACUCCUAUAGAUGUCUCUUUAGCGGGCUCUAUGGCCUAUUUAUGCCCGGAGCUAAAAUGGUACAACUUUGACGUGUAUGCUCACAAGAUAAAGUUGACCAACACCGGUUAUACGAUAUUGCUAGGAGCAAAAUGGAUGACAGAACGUCCAUACCUUGAAGGCGGAUGCUUCAGGGACAAGCACGUGUUAUCGCAGGUCCACUUCCACUGGGGAGCCGACAUGAUGGAGGGCAGUGAGCACACGGUCGACAAGAGGCGGUAUCCGGGGGAAAUGCAAGUAACAUACUUUAGGUCCGAAUAUAUGACACAAGAAGAGGCAUUGCAGUACGAAGACGGUGUCGUGGUUGUUUGCUAUAUGAUAAAGUAUGGCGUAAACCCAGACGUUCGCUUAGCGCGCAUAAUUGAAGGGUUUCCUCGAUGUCGACCACCCAAAACCACGACCCGUAUAGGACCCUACCCCAUGUCGUUGCUAAUGCCAAUGUUUUACGAAGACUACUUCCUUUACUGGGGUCGGUUGGCUACAGUAAAAGGAGACAGCUAUACUGUCAGGUGGCUGGUGCCGAGGAUAACGAUGUUUGCUUCUUUAGAUCAGAUGAAUGAGUUCCGUAAACUUUGGAACCCGUGGGACGAGCCCAACCUCGGCAACUUCAGGCCACUGCAUGAACGUGGCCAGUUCGUCAUACCAGAGGAUGAAUCGGCGCCCUUAACUUUUCCGCCCGUAGAUAGCCCGCCCGUAACUUUUGACAGACACAUAUGGUGCAUAAAUCCUCAUUGGAACCUCUACAAUUCCACGCUGCCGAUCCCAAGAAUACCCGAGAAAUCAAUUUCGAUACUUUCAUCCGAAUACAGAACCAAGUGGUGGAUGCUUCCGCCCCAAAAUGAGUAUAUGAUUACAGAAAUGAUAAAUGAACGGGAGGAUGCAGAAAAUAAGGAAAGGACCUAGUACAUAGUAGGACGAGUACUAGAACGUAUAGUACACUAUACAGUAGGUACCUACAAAUACAUAAGCCUACUUGUACGGUCAGCGGCGCAGGAAAACAUUAAAUGGUAGUUUUACUAAUUUACUCGGAAGUCUGGUCAAAC